ACUACUGUCAUGACCAUGGCUACUCUUACUAAAGCUUUAAAACCAAUCUUGGGAAGGCAAUUGGGAAAUACAGCAAAGGUCUUUGGCGCAGCAGUCAAUCAAAGAGGAAAACCUACAUACACAGGACAAAUCAUACCUCCUCCUGCUAAGUAUGGAGGCCGGCAUACUGUAGCAUUGAUUCCUGGAGAUGGGAUCGGACCAGAGCUGCUCAGCCAUGUGCGGGAACUCUUCAGGUUCAGCUGUGUUCCUGUGGACUUUGAGGUGGUGAAUGUAAAUUCUUCUUCAACCAGUGAGGACGACAUCAACAAUGCCAUUAUGGCCAUUCGGCGCAAUGGAGUUGCUCUAAAGGGGAACAUCGAGACCAACCACACAAUGCCCCCUAACCACAAGUCAAGGAACAAUCUUCUACGCACGAGUCUGGAUCUGUAUGCCAAUGUGAUGCAUUGCCAGUCGCUUCCUGGAGUCCAGACGCGCCACAAAAAUAUUGACAUCAUCAUUAUCAGAGAGAACACAGAGGGCGAGUACAGCAGUCUGGAGCAUGAGAGUGUAUCAGGAGUUGUAGAGUGUCUGAAAAUCAUCACAAGGAACAACUCCCUCCGCAUCGCAGACUAUGCCUUUAAACUGGCCCGAGAGAAAGGUCGCCGCAGGGUCACGGCUGUCCACAAGGCUAACAUCAUGAAACUGGGGGAUGGGCUGUUUUUGCAGUGCUGUAAGGAGGUGGCCUCUGGGUACCCUGACAUUGAGUUUGAUAGUAUGAUUGUAGACAACACCACCAUGCAGCUUGUUUCCAAGCCCCAACAGUUUGAUGUCAUGGUAAUGCCUAAUCUCUAUGGCAAUGUAGUCAGCAAUGUGUGUGCCGGGCUGGUGGGUGGACCUGGUCUGGUGCCUGGUGCCAACUACGGACGAGACUAUGCCGUGUUUGAAACGGCCACCAGGAAUACAGGAAAGAGCAUUGCCAACAGGAACAUCGCCAACCCCACUGCUAUGCUGCUUGCCAGCUGCCUCAUGUUAGAUCAUCUAAAGAUUCAUGACUAUGCCACCAUGAUCCGAGGUGCAAUUCUCACAACUAUGAACGAGACCAGGUUGCACACAGUUGACAUUGGGGGGCAGGGCACUACCUCAGAAGUAGUUCAGUCUAUCAUGAGGCUCAUCGAGAGCGGUGGUCCCCUCACCACUGAGAUCUAAGCUGAGUCAGCAUCACUUCACAACUCUUUGAUGCAUCAGCUUCAUAAGGACAUCUGCACUUCAUUUUAUGACUCAAUAACAUGCUUUCACUUGAGACAAGAGAUUUAUUCUUGAAUCCAGCAGCCUUUAUGGGGAUCAGGGGUGGAGAUGGCGUCACAUGAACUUCAGUCCCAAGAAAACGAUUCUAGAUUCAUUUGAAAUGCAGCAUACUUCAGCAUUGUGCUUGUGGUGUUUCUUGGGCAUAGUGGUCUUUCCUCGGGAACUGCAGAGCUUUUAGAUUUAUCAUAUUGUAUUUAAAUGGUUAUAUUGUUUUAAAUGCUAUGCUAAUGCAGUAUUUAUGAUGAUGUUCUUGCAUUGGGUUUCUGUUUUUUGCUGCUCAAUUGCAUUCCAAAUUGUAUCCGUUCUUACCAUGUUAUCCACAAACACAAUGUAUUCAUUUUGGGUUCAUAACUUUUAUGUUUACUUCAUUAACCCUGAAUAAGAUGAACAAAACUCCAACUGUCCAUUUACAAAAUUAUACUUGUAUAAACUACUGCAUUUUACUUUUCUAACUGCCUUACAGUGUUGGGUGUUUAAAUGGACUUCAUAUUCUGGAUGUCCAUCAGAUGAUAUUUUUUUCGUUAGACUUUAUACUAUAGUAUUAUUUAAGCUUAAUACUUAAUGUUGGUCUACUGUUGCAUCAUUUAGUUUGGACCUUUAUGUUAAUUUACUGUCUUUUGAUAUGCAGUGCUUAAUUGUAUUAUUGGUAAGUUCUCA